AAAAACAGAAAGUAGUGGUGUUUUCUUCAGAUUCGUAACUUGUCUUUUGAUUUUCAGCUGUCGUCAAGUUAAAGCAAUUCUCGGUUUACUGUUAACCAAUAAAAGAAGAAGAGCAAUUUCCUAUUUUUUGAUAUUUCGGGUAAUUUAGCUGAUUUUUUUCACCAAAAUUUUUGGUUCCAUUUCUCCAGACGCUGUUCAUCUAGAUAAAGUUUGUAGAUGGAAGGUGCUAUAGUUCGAAGGGUUAUUCCUUCUGAUAACAGUUGUCUCUUCAAUGCUGUUGGUUAUGUGAUGGACCAUGACAGAAAUAAAGCCCCUGAGCUUAGACAGGUUUCAAUUUUGUCUAAGCCCCCGAGCUUAGACAGAUUUUUUUUUCNUCUUGGGAAGUCCAACAAAGAGUACUGUGAUUGGAUUCUUAACCCAGAGAAAUGGGGAGGCGCCAUAGAGCUUUCAAUAUUGGCUGACUACUAUGGACGAGAAAUCGCAGCCUAUGAUAUUCAAACCACACGCUGUGAUCUGUAUGGGCAGGGGAAGAACUAUCAGGAAAGAGUAAUGCUGAUUUAUGAUGGGCUCCAUUAUGAUGCUUUGGCUAUGUCCCCUGCUGAAGGAGCUCCAGAGGAGUUUGAUCAGACAAUCUUUACUGUGCAGAGAGAUGGCACUGUAGGACCAGCUGAGAGGCUUGCUCUUAAUCUGGUUAAGGAGCAACAACGGAAGAGGAGCUACACUGAUACAGCCAACUUCACGUUGCGUUGUGGAGUUUGCCAAAUCGGGGUCGUGGGCCAAAAGGAAGCUGUUGAGCAUGCACAAGCAACUGGACAUGUGAACUUCCAGGAGUUCAAAUGAAUGAAACCCAAAGGACAAGAAACCAAGCAAAAUAUAUUGAUUUCAUUUCUUUAUACAAGUGGAAACCAAUUUCAUGAAGUUUUUCAAAUUUCAUAGGAAGGUGUAUGGUCUACUCAAUAAAUAAGUUAUGAUGAUGUAGAAGUUAAAGUAUGAAAGCACCCUGUUUAUUUUGGUGAUGCAGUUGUUGUGCAAUAGAAAAUUGUCUUGCAUUUUAGACAGAGAAACAUAAUAGGGAUAGUAGAGGAUGGAUUGCUGGAAGAAAUACAGCUUUGCCGUGCAUUCUUGUACAAGUAUUUGUGACAAGUACUAUGCUAUCCUAUGUGUCAUUUGGAUUUGCGCUUUGUCUUUA